AGCUGUGGUACACUAUUAAAUAUUUAUAUUAAUGUGAAAAGGUCAAAGUUGAUAGUUAAGACAGUGCAAAAUAUGCAUAACUUCCAAAUUUGGAAAAUUUUAGUAAAAAUUCUUCUACAUAAUAACUAUGGAUAAAUCGUCAGCCAAAGAGAUAUUUUUCCAUUCAUGCAUAGUUGGUGAUUUGAAUGCAAUCAAAAUUAACUUGUUCCACAAYGUAUCACCCUUCUGCCUAGACAAGUAUGGAAACAAUGCUUUGCACAUAGCUUCCAUGAACAAUCAACCAAAAGUAUUGGAAUAUUUAAUAAAGACUGUCAAAACUUAUAAAAGCAACUUUCGAAAUAAAAUUGGACGUACAGCUUUAAAUAUUGCUGCCGCUCAAGGUGCAUUUGAGUGCAUUGAAGUUUUACUAAACAAUUUUCACUGUGACAUAAAUUCUACAGAUAAGAUUUUUAACAAUAGUCCAUUACACUGGUGUGUUACAAGCAAAUGUAUCAAAGGUGUUAAGAAAUUAUUGGAUGUGGGAGCUGAUUUCACUCUAGUAAACAAAUUUGGUAAAACUCCUUUACAACUUGCCAAAACAACAUGUUUGGAUAUUUUUCAUUUAUUAGACAAUUUUAUCAAAAAUAAAAAUAAGGAUCAAUGUUUGCACWCAGCUCGACAGAUUAAUAAUGGUAUUGAAAGAAAAAUUGAUAUUAGCUCAAAAUCAUCGAAUUCACCACAAUUUAAGAUAACCAAUGACGAUUCAAAAAUAUUUAGUAAAACUGUCGAUCAACAAAGUGUCAAUUGUGAAACAAUACUUGAUCCUAAUUUGGCAUCUAAUAAUUCUGAUGAAUCAUUUUAUUUAGACAUUUCAAAAUUGAAACAUGGUGAUAAUUCUGUUUUAAAAUUAUUGGAAAAAUCUAUCGAGCCAGUUGACGAAACUUCUUUUGUGUCAUCUAUUUUAAACAGCGGAAAAGUUAUUCAGUUGACUGAAGCUGGUAUACUUGCUUUGGAAUACACAAAAAAUGAAAUAAAUACUCCAAUUCCUGAUCGUCUUGUACAAAGCUUCUUGAACACAUCUCAACAAUACAAUGAAAAUGAAAAUUACAUCGACAAUGAUACUAUUGAAAAAGAUGGUGAAUUAGGUUCAGUAACACUUGCCAGAGGAUUAAAACGUCUGAAAAGUCCACAACCAUGCUCUAAAAGACUAAAAUUUACUGAAUGUGCUAAAACAUCGGAGUUUGAAAGUUUAUUAGAUCAUUUGACUUCAAAGUGUACCAAAGCUGUACCCAGAGUUUAUAAUUCAAAUUCCUACUGUUCUCAAAGUUCAUCUGUAGAAAAUAGUACAGUUAGAAAUAAUGAAGUUUGCAAUCRAAAUCAAAUAGUUUGUGUAAACCCCGACAUUAAAGCUCAACCCAAAUGGGUCGAUGAUUUAAUCUGUUUAUUACAUAAAUUGGAUAAUUCAGACAAAGUGGAACACAAAUCAAUUGAACUAACUUGAUGAACUUGGUCAUUUAUUAUCAGUAAACUCUUGACAUUUUUGUCAUUCCUGGUGGUACAGUUUAGUAAAUACAUUUUUUGUAUUCAACAGCAUAAUGAAUAAUGAUAUAUAUACAACGUGAUACUUAUUUUGUAAAAAAUAAAAACUUUUUGUUUAAAGAAUWCGACUUUGAUCCUAAAAGAGAACUGUUCAGGAGUCAGGCCAUCAAUGAUCAAUACACUGUUUGUAAAUACUAUUGAUCUUAAAUUAUUUUAAGUUUUGCGUAUUUUGUUUUAUUUAAAUCAUUUAAUUAUUAACUGGAUUUUUCAUGUACCUAUAAUAAUUUAUUUAAAAAGUAUAAAAAAAAAAUGCCAAAAUAAGGCCAUGCCAAUAUUUGUUAUCCAACAACUAAUACAGCAAUACCCUUUCUUUUUUUUUACCUGGUUACAUAAUUAUUCACUGAUMAAAUUAAAACAAAACUGUAAAUUUUAUAAAAUUUAUAUUGUGGAAUUAGAUUAACACAUACAUCUAAAAGAAAGUAUGUGAGAAUAAAUUAUCAAAAAAUAAAUAAAUAAACCUUUCUUUUACCUAUUA